UUUCAUGGAAACGGAGUGCGCGCAUCCUCCCGCCAUGCUGCCCCCGAAGAACUGCCUGCCGAGGAACUACAGCUGCAUAGCCGGGCUGUUCGGGAGCCUGGCGGCGGCCAACCCGCGGCUCGACGACGGGGAGGAUUUCGACAUGAUGAACGGCACCUGCGAGCCCAUCGAGAGCCCCGUGGUAGACGAGAGGCCACGGGGCAGGGAGAUCUUCCUCAAGCCGCAGCAAAGUCCAACGCUGCGUCGGAGAUGCAAGUCGCUGCCCACGCCCACGGAGAGGGCAAAGUUGGAGAUCUCCCGCAGCAGGAGUCCAACCAGUCAAAAGAAAGUGCGGUUCGCCGACUCCCUUGGCCUCGAGCUCACGUCCGUGAAGCAUUUCGACGAUGCCGAUGAGCCAGAGGUGCCGGAGCGAAUCCUGGCCACACUACCGAAGGCACACCUCCACCUCAAUCAUUCGGAAACCAAAUUCCCCCGGGCCCCUGCGCAGUCUGUGUCCAUGGAGCUGCAGUUCACCAACCCGGGCACACUACCCGGCUUCGGGCAGAAAGUGAGGGAGGUGAAAGUGCUGCUGGAGAGCGUCGAGGCGGACGAGUUCAGCCUCUCCGGGUUUGUGCGCGUGUUGAACCUGGCCUUCGAAAAGAGCGUCUCUCUGCGCUAUUCUCUAAACAACUGGAUGACGUGCAUGGACAGUUUGGCCUCCUACGUUCCCGACUCGAGCGAGGGGGACACCGAUAAGUUUCGUUUCAAGGUCGUCGUGCCUGCCUACCCGGACAAUGGAGGCGCUUUGCAGUUUGCGAUUAAAUACUGUGUCGGCGGGCAGGAGUUCUGGGACAAUAAUAAUGGGAACAAUUACAAAGUGCGGCGUCACCGGUUCAAGAUGUCCCCGCCGCGGGAAUGGGAGAAUGGAUGGAUCCACUUUAUAUGAGCUUCGUCGUCCGCAGUGGCACGCUGCGUGCGUAAUGUGUGCGUAAUUGAUCCCCGGGUACCAUAAUUACGCUGUAGCCUGUUAAAAAUGAUCUCCCCCCCCUUGUCAUUGUCAGCUACACACACACACACACACACAGACGGACAAUAAUAUACCACGACAUUUAAAGUAUUGUCCGUGUUGCGGUGACAGACUGAGCGUUAAGGUGUGUUAACCUUUGAGAGGUGGCCCAAGUUGGAUGUGAGAUAAUUUGCCUUGAUGUCAGGGCUCUGUACGGCGUGGUGCCCUUUGGGAGGACAUGCUCGGGUUAUGUAAUGUGGAAACACGUGCCACGGAAAACGUGCCGGCCAGUGCCGACUUCGUGCAUCACUGUUCAUUUCAAGAGAUGCUGCAGAUUUAUUCGAUGGCAUGGUGAUACUGGAAUUAUCAUUAUGUUGAGCAUGUUUGCAAAAUAGAAAGGGGCAGAGUUGACAGCAUUGUGCAAAUUGUUAUAUUCAUACGAAUUCAACGUAUAAUUCCCCACUGUCAUGCCUUUAUAAGAUGCCUUAUUUUUAAGCCAUGUUGCGGGAAGUUGUGCAUUUAAUAUUGUCCAGUAAUUCCUUCGUCAAGUAUGAAUAUAGUACAUGCGUUGGAAUGACAUUAAACGUUUUAAAUAAGGCCUAUAGGCACAUGUAAAUAGUUGGUGCCCAUGUACAGGUAGGCCUCUAGGGACACUAAGUCACAAACCUGCCUUUUGUUAUUUACUGUAAAUGCAGUUAUUCAACAAUUGAAUAACUGCAUUUAUUAUUACCUGCAUCAAUGUAAAAAUGAUUGCAUAUUUUGCCAAAUUCAAAAGUCUAGAGGCCUGAACAUAGUCCAAAGACAAUAAACUCAACUUUUUUUUUCUUGAAAAACAAUCCCCCAAAUCAUAUCUGUAUUGAGACCAUUCCAUCAAAUCAUACAGCCAUGUACAGUAUAUUGAAAUGGGCUUCAACUUUCCUGCCCUGUACUUUUUCUGAAUGAAUCCAUUGAACACGGUUGUUCCCCCAAAGAAAAUACAUGUAGCUGUUUGCAAGGUCAAAUAUACCUCAGAUUACUUGUGGACUACUUCAGGUUGAUCAUUAUAAAACAGAUGCAUUUUCUCAGUAAUCAUUUUCUCACAGACACAUUCAAACAGAAAGGCAUUAUUGUACAUUUGAAACAAUGCUAAUUCGUUUCUAAUGUCAUUGAGCGUUGUCGUUAGCAGACAUUGUAGCUGUUGCAGGCGCGACUGUUUCACCAGCUGCUGCUGCUCUGAUGGUACAUGAUGGUCGUCAUGUGCAAGAGUAAUGCUGCUCUGCUCCCUGAACACAAUGGUUUGAACCGCCUCAUUGUUCAAUAUUUCCUUCCUUAGAUUGCAAACUAUUUACUUCUUUUCCAUACCACAUGCCUUGAUUGAUGUUACACAGUCUUCCAAACCUGAUCCAAAUCCUGUUGCUUACGUAGACUUUGGCAAAAAUGAGUUUAAUUGAAGGCAGUCAUUCAUCCUGGGUUUUUGUUGUUUUUGUUGUUGUUGUUGUGCUUUUAAUUCCUGUGCUCUGACUAAUCUGAACAUCACUUCAGCCUUUGUUCACAUCAUCUUGGCAUCAGGUCGGGAUGUGGAUAAAAGACUAUUCCUGUAACCACUUAGUUUUUGGAGCCGCUCCACUGUCAAUCCUUCAGUAAUGUUUAUCUCAAAACCUCACAUGAUAUGUGACAUUGUGCAGCCAUAGGCUCCCUGAUGUUGUUAAAAUAGUUUUGCAGAGAUGAGAAAUGGCCUUCACUGAGUUGAUAUUUCCCACUGCUCAACUUAGAUUUGUCAUGCACAGAGCUGGAUUUAAAAGGUCUGGCCAUAGCAGAGCUUACUGUGUGUCGUGUUGUUGAAUCAGUGGCUAUUUACUUAUUGUCUGCUUUGCUUUUUCACGCAUCCAUGCAGUAUAAGACCAGAAAGCAUUAGACCACUGAGGUGGAUACACAGGGAUGCAUCAACACCAACCAUUCACUACCAACAGAAGCUUUUUUAUUUUUUUAAUUAUUUGUUAUUAUAAUAUUUUGCUGACAUCUGAUCAAAAUUGUUUGGUUACACAAACACCUGUUUGAAUAUGCUUCUUUCUAUAUUUUCCAUUAGAUUUAACUCUUGGUUUGAGUUUACAAAAAGUUUGGAAACCCUAAGAUACCAGUUGAUCAGUCUUGGUCCUGGUAUCUCCCCUCCCUGCCGUUGUUACUGGUGCAUCCCAACCCAAAAGAAAACAAAGGGCUUCUGGUCAGUUUAGAUUCUCAGCUCAAAGUAUUCAUCACAGUUUGCAUCUCAACUCACUGAUAUAUAGAUAUGUAUGUAAAUGUGUUAAUGUUUCAUAUUGAAUGUCUUCCUAUUACUGUCCUAUGUCGUGUGUAUUUUGAAGCAUUUUAAAAGCAGACUUGAGAGAUGUGAAUGGUAAAACUUUGCCUGAUGACGCUGUGAAGUUGGAGGAUAGAAAAUGAGCUGAAAACGAAAUGACUCACUUAAAAGCACACUUACUAAUCGUAUCUAGAAUUGGAAGCACCAUGACCGGUGCUAUUUUGUCUCAAAAUUAUGUUUUACGUAACGGUAAGAUCUUCCCUGAAAAUGUGCUCUGAAAUGUUAGCAGUGAAUCUGAAUGAAAUGAAAUAUUGGAAACCACAUGUGCACAACUAGGUGUGCACUGCCUUACUAAAUUAUAAGUUUACCUGGAGUCAUGUAAAAGAGAUGGACGAGGGCAAGUGCUUGUUAGGAAAGAAUAUAAUUGCUGCAUGUGAAUUGAGGAGAGUUAAGAGGAACACAUCCGGGCAAAAGUGGGAAAAUGCACUUUGGCGUUUGAAAAUGUGUGGCACGAGCGACUUAUGAUUGUAUCUGAUACUGAGCAGACUCUGUCAAAGCAGGUCUAAUGCACUUUUGAGUGAGAACAAGGAAAGAGGCAGGGUAUAUGAAAGCUUCUCCUGUGAAUAGUUAAUAAUGUUUUCCAUUCUCCGUCAUAUUUUACUGCUCUCUUCUCUCACUGUGGAAAGCCUAAAUCACCUCUGACUAAUUUAUAACCAUUGUGUAGCACAGAUUUAUUUCUCUCUUGGGUUGGUCCACUUGUCUGUUGUUUUCUGUGAAUCCUAUGCAGCCCUUUUUGUGUCGUUUCACCUGCAGUCAUCUGACAGUUUUAAUCUGUAGUAAGAGAUGUCUGUCUUCUUAUUUUACAGUGAUUAUUCAAUAUCACUUUAUUUUUAUGUUUGGUUUUUAAUGUAACCUAUAUUUUGUUAGAACAAUGGUUAAUAAAGGCAUCUGUGAUGAUAACCAAA